UCUCCCUGACAUAGAGUUGGAUAGAAGGUACAUCUUGACAUCUUUGUCAUGAUGUCUUCUGUGACAGAAUGAGCAGCACCAUUGAGGGCUAUUUCCAUUUUAAAGUAGUUAAUAUCUUCAACUUCCAUAAGUUUAAUAACAGUCUUCAUACCAACUGAAAUGGUGUAUUAAAUGGCUUAGCCAUGCUAAAACAGGCUUUGAAGCAAGUACGCCCUCUAUUAAACUCUAUUGUCCCUGACUGCUUCAAAGUUGUGUCAACCACAGACUUCAAACCUCCAACCUCACACUCAGUGUCUAUAUAUAUAUAGACUUCCAGUAAGUUAACUUGCAACACAUCUCCCCUUCACUCUACAGUUGACUCACUGUACAAGUCCUCUCCUCUUCACUUCACUCUACUGCAGGGUGGGAGAUGCAACAAUGGCCUUGAGAACAGCAGGAAGUGUGUUGGUGGUCUUUCUCUGGUCUCUGACAGUGGUACUGGGUCAGGAUGGCUGGAGUGUUACAUACACCACUCAGAGUAUCUGUACCUUGAAGGGGUCAACAGUGGAGCUGACCUGUUCUUAUACAUAUCCCAGAGGUAAAGUCACAACAACCUUCUGGUUCACUAAAAUGGAGGCUGGUAUAGAACCUGAAGAUCUAGGUCAGGACCCAGAGUAUGCAGGUCGUCUGGAGUAUCAUGGGGUUAAGAAGAAAGACUGUACCCUGAAAAUCACAGACCUGAGAGAGAGAGACUCAGCUACAUACAGGUUCAGAUUAUUAACAGAUCAAGAAGGAGGGAAAUUUUCUGGAAGUCCUGGAGUCACUCUGUCUGUCACAGGUCUUCAGGUGAAGGUGACUGGUGGACAUCAGGAUAAGACACUGACCUGUAGCACCACCUGUACUCUGACUGACAACCCCACCUACAUCUGGUACAAGAACGGACAACAUCGAGAUGAGAGCACCUCCCCCCAAUACAAAUACUCAGUCUCCAAUGACUAUGAUGCCAGUUAUUCCUGUGCUGUAAAAGGCCAUGAGGACCUUCACUCUCCUGCAGUGUGUGUUCAGGGUCAGAGCUGCAACAGAGUGACUUACACCAAGAGAAGAAUCUGUGUCUUGAAGGGGUCAACAGUGGACAUAUCCUGUACUUAUGUUGGUUAUUAUUCCACCACAUCAUCAUUCUGGUUUAGAAGUGAUACGUUGACCCCUGAAGACCUAACCACAGACCCAGGGUAUGCAGGUCGUGUGAAGUACCCUGACAAAGAGAAAAGGAGAAACGAAGGUCCCUUCACCCUGAUAAUCACAGAUUUGAGAGAGGAGGACUCAGCUGAGUAUCGCUUCACUUUUAAAACAAACAACUUUGAAUGGGGUCAUAGUUUCCCAGGAACAACUCUGUCUGUCACAGGUCUGCAGGUGAAGGUGACUCCUGCUGCAGAGGGACAGAAGAAACUGACCUGUAUCACCACCUGUACUCUGACUGACAACCCCACCUACAUCUGGUACAAGAACGGACAACAUCUAGAUGAGAGCACCUCCCCCCAGUACAAAGACCCAGUCUCCAGUAACUAUGAAGACAGCUACUCCUGUGCUGCAAAAGGCCAUGAGGAUCUCCACUCUCCUGCAGUUUGUGAGUGUUUAUUUAUUAAGGGACAGAUUGAAAUUUACUGGGGGACGGGACAGGACUGGUCUUCAAAGUUUAAAAUAUUUUCACAUGACCCUCCCCUUUUACUGUAAAAUAAAUU